GAACUAAUAAAGUAAAAAAAAAAGUAUUACUAUUAGCUGAAAGCAAAAACUAUGUACAAUUGUUGCUAUUAUCUGCUCGCAAAUAAUGAUUCUAUGAACCUUUAAUGAGACUUGAAACGUGUGAUAAUUGUGUAUUGGCAUGACAAAAUAAUUCUCAAAACAAUUGCAUUUCAAUAUUUUGACAUAUAGUGGCAUCUUUCUUCAAAUUCUGUGAUUCAAACUGAAUUAUAUUGGGAAUUAUUUCUUGUAAAUAAUUCACUUAUUUAUGAAAAUAGAUGGAACUUUGACUAAGUUUUAUUCGUUUCGAACAAAUAGAAAAUGCUGAAUAUAUUACUUUCUAAGAAAAAUAGAGUUAUUUUCUGUGGUUACAUCUCCAAUCAAUCGUAAUAAAAUCUUCACAGUUGCUUCUUUCAUUGAGCAAACUUUUAUGAACUAUUUUCACCUGGUGCUCGAUUUUUUCCAUGAUAUUAUAAAUGUAUAGAUGUGAAACGUAGCUUCCUUUGCUUUAAAAUUUUUUGUAUUGUUUUUAUUUUAUUUAACAAGCAGAAAUGAUGGAAGACAACAAUUCUUACAUUUUUGAUAAUAUCACUGUUGCCAUUCCGGACAUUACAAUGUUUGAAUUCAUAACAGAAGGCGCUGUACUAACAUUACUAGGAUGUAUGGGCAUCAUUGGCAAUGUGAUAUCCUUAAUAAUUUUGUCGAAACCAGAGAUGAGAUCGUCUGUCAACUGCGGACUCCAAGGACUCGCAUUCUUCGAUACCAUCGUUCUCAUAUCUUCUGUCACAAUGUUGGGUCUGCACAAGCUGGGCUACAAGUUAGCUAUAUUGUACCGCUACACGUUUGAAAUAUUUCCCUUUGUAGUCAUGGUGGCUUAUCCUAUUGGCCUCAUAGCUCAGACAGGGUCUGUGUGGACCACAGUUGGGGUUACAGUCGAGAGGUACGUUGCGGUAUGUCAUCCCCUCAAGGCAAGAUUUCUUUGCACAUACAGACGAGCAAGACUUUUCAACCUUCUGAUCGUGAUAUUUGCUGUCUGUUACAACAUUCCAAGAUUCUGGGAAAUCAAUGUCACUGAGGUUCUAGACCCUGAAACCAACAGCAGCGUGUACAUAGCAAAGCCUAGUGAAUUCAGAAUGAACAAACUUUACUACAAAGUGUAUUACAUAUGGCUUUAUCUCUUUGUUAUGUAUUUUAUUCCCUUUCUCACUUUGGCGGUGCUGAAUAUUUCUAUUUGGAAGGCAGUGCAGCAUGCCAAUAAGGACAGACAGAGAUUGACCCGCAGGGAGGAGAAGGAGAUCGGAUUGGCCAUGAUGCUCAUCUGUGUGGUGUCCAUUUUCUUCGUCUGCAACAUACUGGCACUUCUCAUCAACAUCCUAGAGUUGUUCGACCUAUUCGUUCCGGCUUUGGUGCGAGUAUCAAACCUCCUGGUGACUUUCAAUUCUUCAGUCAAUUUCGUUAUCUACUGCAUCUUCGGUCAAAAGUUCAAGAAGAUGUUCUUGUACAUGUUUUGUGGCUUUCGACGCACCAAGAACCAGAGUUUUACCAGCACUCUGCAAGUGACACACACAGAGACCUUGCGAAGCGUCAACUCACCUGGCAUGAGAAUCAGAUCCUUGACACCCAACGGCACACCCCAAUCCAGCAGUUUGUAGAAACGUUUUUAUUUACUUGAAAUCUGAGGUAAUCCUGAACGCAGAUGUUUUCAUCUACAGUUCCCGAUUUCAGAAAACGUCAUGAAUUGGAUUUAUGUUUCAUUUCAUAUUUACUAUUCAAAGUCACUAGCUGAAAUCGGCAGUAUCUCUUCACACGACUGUUACUUCAAUAACAAGGCUG